UCAGAAAACAACAGGUGAAAACUAAUAAGGAGGAUAAAAUUAAUGAUAUGUUCACCUAUUUAUAGCGUUGUAUUUGCGUUGUUUUUGCGUUGCGUUUGAGUUUUUUUUCCAAAAGUAGAACUAUGACAGAAACUGUCCAAAUUGUAGGUACUCUACCAUGACAUCAAACAUAGCUGAGGCACUGAACUCAGCAAAUUUAGCAGCAAGGGAAACACCAGUGACAACAUUAAUGGAGUGCUUGAGGGCACAAAUGCAAGAGUGGACAUACAAUAAUAGAAAGGAGGCACAAAAAUGCACAACAAGGCUGACACCAUCAUCUGAGAAAAAACUCAUAGGGAACUAUGUACAGUCAUUGCGACUAACAGUGAAACCAGCAAACCAGAACCUGUUUGAGGUGAUAGAUGAAUACAGAACAAGAAUAGUAAACUUGAAGGAGAAGACGUGCACAUGCAAUAGAUUUCAAAAAGAUGAAAUGCCAUGUAACCAUGCAGUCGCCGUCAUGAAGGACUUGAACAUAAACACAUACAACUACUGUGCACAAUACUACACAUCAAAAGCAUGGCUGCAAACAUAUGAAGAAACAAUAUACCCGAUUGGAAACGUAAGAGAAUGGGAACUUCCAGAUUUUUUUGAAGAAAUCAUAGUGUUGCCUCCAAAGGAGAGAAUCAAGUCUGGAAGGCCGAGGAAAAGAAGAAUGGCAGCAGCUUGGGAAACAAAGAAACAAAACAAGUGUGGCAAGUGUGGACAAAAGGGACAUAACAAAAAGACCAAGAAGAAUUACGGCAUAGAAAUGGUUGUAAUAAGGUUGUUAAUAGUAUCUUGUCAUGAUUAA